CUCCUCCAACUCAAGAAAUGAGAAUAUUUGUCAUUUAAUUUUUUACCGUGUAAUAUUGCAUUUACUAACGCAGUACUGAAUGGCUUAAAGACUACGUUGACAGAUAAAUAGAGACAAAGUAUAGCAUAGUAAGUGCUGAAAUAAAAAACCACCCGCUUCUUGGUGCUGUCGGUGAAUUAGUGCACCUAUCAUCCCAUCCCCUCAGCUGGCACCUGUAACAUUUUGCGGUUGGUUUACGCUGACGACUACAUACAUAGCUAGCCGUGCACAGCGCACAUCAUUUUGCUGCUCAACUCUCAGCAUGCCUGCACUUGUACUAAACAUUUGUAAAAACCUUUAUAAAAGCCAACAGAACAACACAACAUUUUCAGUGCGAAUUUGCAUGGUGGUUGGUUGACUGAGAUUGCUGAAUUGUGCUAGCGGCAAAGAACCGGUGAACAGUGAAGAAGAUGUAGUGCUUAACUAAAUACAACAAUUAACAACGCCAAUUAGUCAAGCAUUUUGAAAGGAUGUAUUGAUUGGUUAUGAAAUGAAGUUCUAAGGAUAUCGUGUUGAAUCGGGUGUGAAGAGUGUACAAAUUGUGUGCAAAUGUGAGAGAGAUGAGUUUGAAUGUACAUACAUAUAAAAAGUAAUCGGAAAUAUUUUCCAGUGUUUCGAUAGGCAUGUUAGAAACAAUUAAAGAAGCCCUACAAGUGCAACGUGCAAAAAUUUAUGAAACAAAAUCUCACUCACUCAUACUUAGUGUGACCAUCGGAAACAAUUAAAAAGAAAGAAAAUUCUAAGCGGGGUUUUUGACGAAAAUAACGCGCAUCCAAUAUUGCUCAACUUUUAGUCGUUGAGUGGUUGCUUGCUGAGAACAGCUGAAUUCUUUCUAUUUUUUUUUUAACCUAAAUAAAUUAUCAAGUUUUAUUUAGCUCUUGGCGAAUAAUUACUGACAUAGCCAGUGUGGUGGUGCGCUGGAUCUUUAACCGGAAAGUAGACGGCGUACUUGGAGCAUUUGUACUAUGCAAAACGUUGGAUCCAAACCAGAUAUUCGUACGGAUGAUUUGGAUUUAGCAAAAGUCGGUUCUGCUACGCCUUCGAGCGAUUUUGAUAAAACAACUACCACCCCACUUACUGAUCCUACAAGUUCAGCCAUUCAAGUUGGAACUAACAAUCCCGAAUGUGUUCAAUCAGAUCCUGAAACACGGCGAAAAAGUAAGGCACGUUCGCGCUUCACAUCAGCAUUGCGCAAACUUUCGGGCAGAAAGAAACGUGCAUCGUCUAAAGAUACCUCUACAGAAAGUUCGAUAGCUGGCGGCACAUCUGCUGAAAUCGUAUCGGCGCCCGAAACCGUUUUCUCCAGCGGCGGAGAAGAAACUGGCGACACCAAUGCCACUGCGUCAUCAGAGGCGAAACCCAAGAAAAAAAGCAAGCUAGCCAGACGCUUUUUGCUAGGCAGUUUAAAGAAAUCAAAACACAGUGCUAAGAAAAGCAUUGACGAAGAUGACGAAGCAGUUGUAGUACAGGGCAGUCAGGAAGAGGCGCCAUUUGAAGACGCAGAUGACGGUGAAUCGCCUCACGUAGAUGUCGAAGAGCGUACAACACGUAAAGUGAAAAUAUCACUCAGUGAAACACAGCGAUUUGCAUUGCGAGAGCAAGAAGACGCUGCUGGCGAACAACAACAGUUAGCUGAAGGUGACGUCGGUACAGCAGAGACGGGCUCACCAACCGAAACGGAUUAUCUGACACCCGUUGGAGAUAAAGCGCAGCCAAGUUACGAAAUCGGCGUUGACGCAGAAGUGGUAACAACACCGGCGACGUCGGCGGAAGACAACAUCACCGUUGCAUCGCCCGCUAAAGGUGGCGCAUUAAGCAAAAAGAAGAAGCUUAAAACUAAGAAGGGUACAUUAAAAGAAGCUGCAGUGACCAUAAUAAAGACAACUGCCACCACUAAAAGUGGAAGCGUCAGCACUGCGCCCUCAACUUCUACACAGAAACACACAGCUGCAACUGUACAAAAAACUACACGAACAACAACUGUAACUACUGACGAAAAGUUCGUUAUCACACAGAGUACGCGCGAUACACCGCCGCGCGAGCGCGCUCCAGCCAAACCGAGUCGGCUACCUGCCGCUACCAACGCGCAGCCUCCAACAGCAAAUCUAACAACGCCGACCAACACCGGCGGCGUCGUACGUAAAACCAAUACUCGCACGCCGGCUACACUCACCUCGCCAUCGUUGGGGCGUGAACAGCUUACAAGUUUCGGUGCAGUUAGUAUAGCAGCAACCGUUGCGGGUAAGAGGCAACGUACAGCGAAUAGCGGUAAAAACACAGCCACCAAGGCGGGUAGUAGAAGUCAAGCGUCGAGUAAACCGCCAUCCAGUCCGCUUAGCACGGCUAGCAGUGCUACUACCACCACAACCAGCAGCGGCAGCAGUAGCGCAACGACAGCUAAGUCCAGAAAAACCGAUACUGAAUUGAUGCAAACUUCGCAAAGCCCACUACAACGCGGCCAUCGAUUUCCUAAACCGAGUCCGACAACGUUAACUCCGGCGGGAGAAAACGUUGGUACAAUAGCGGCGCCACAAGCGUCUGCGUCGGCUGCCACACAGUUAGCAAGUCGCAGUAACGUAACACCAAAGCUGGCAAGCCCAACAGCAACUCCAACAAUAGAACAAUCUGCCAAUGAAGGAACCCUAACAACAGUUGAAGAAAACCGCACGAAGCCAACAAACGCCACUACCGUUUCAUCAGACCCACAAGACGCGGUUGCCACCAAGGCGGACGAAACGGUUGGCGCUCAGUCUGGCGCAUUGGAGGCAAUUCAAAAGCAGAUACAAUUUCAAUUAGAGUCUCACGCAUCUAUUAGUAAUCAAUUGUCGCAAGACGAAUACCCACAACAACAACAACAACAGCGUAACCAACAGAAACUGCUAGUCGCACCACAACUCUCGGUGGACGAUAUCGCAUCACCUCCGCAAUCGUUGCAAUCGAAUGUAUCACUGUCAGUUUACCAUCAGCAGCAGCAACAGCAAGCACCGCCUUCGUACACUCCACCCUCCGUACCAUCACAUGGGAGUACAACGCUUGCCACACUACCAGAAACUCGAUCAUUGUCACAUUUCCGUCACCCAUCAUCGACUAAAGUCAUUUUUCCAGACCCAGGCAUCUACAACGACGACGACGACGACAACGACGACUACACUUACGCGGACAAGUCAGAAGCAUUGCUGUACAUUGCUGACGAAUCAGUUACACCAGCGAGCAGCAGUGGUGUAGACGACGUCGUUUCUUCGGCGGAAAGUGCACAACCAAGCGACUACUCGGGCAACAAUAUACGCUAUCCCCCCAAUUUGACAGGACACGCAUUAAGAAGUGAUUUUGGUGAGGAGGAGCAAACGCACGGCCCUCCUUUGCAGCCAACUGUACGUUUUGCCGUCGGCAGUGUGGUACGACCCCAAGCCACAUCCUACGAAAGUCCUUUGCACGAUCACAGUUCCUGCGACUCGAAUCCUAGUAGCGACUCGCACAGCGAGGCUAGCCGUCGACGUAUACGUUACGUUUCACAACCGGACACCUUUGAUGAGGAUACAUUCGAUAGCAUACUGCAAAGACGCGAAAAUUUAGGUUAUAAUCCGGGGGGACUACCUAGCGAAUAUUCGGUAGAUUCAGAAUACGAUUCAGGCGAUAAUCAGAUGCCGGCUUUUGGCGAUUUAACCAUGGAGCAGGAAGAGGAACCGGUAAGCGAGUGAAGCUACUAACUACAGAGAUAUUUAUUUAAGAAAAGGGUGAGCAGUACGUCGAGUAUUUGGCCUGGGUAUGGCAUGUGAGUUUGCAAGAGCGCAACAGUUGCUGGAAAGUAAAUGUAUUUGCGUCUAUGUAUGGCUGGCUAUAUGCAUAUACAUAUAUGUUCAUACAAAGGUGUGUAUUGGAUUCGAAGAAGCCCUGCAAGUGUUCAGCCUUUUUCUAUCAUUUCUAUCGCAUAUUUUUCGUUGCGCCCGUAAUUCGUGGUCAUGGUUUGCCAUGGAGACCACUGUUUUAGAGCGCUUUGCCUUUUACUGCCGCCAUUUAUUCACUAUUUUGAUUUAUUCUAUGUUUGUGCUGUGGGCAUUCAUUUAAUUUGAAUGUCAAGCAAAUUUACCUCCGACGCCAGUGUUAGCCAGAACCGGCGACGGAAGGGUUGAAAACUCACAGCAGAUUAGAAUAUGAAGGACUGGUUUGGAAUUCAAAUGAAUUUAGUUUUUAGAGGAAAAAUCACGCGAUGCAGAAAGUGUAAAUGAGUAAA